AUGGACACUCAACCAACAAAACGUCGUCGCGUCGAGCGCUCCCCCUCACCAGCCUACAAGCUCGACAAUGAAGAUGACACAUAUGAACCAUAUAUUCCUGUCGCUCAGCGUCGUCAGGCCAAGCUCGCAAAACUUACUUCGUGGGGUGCCAAUUCUGACAAGGAACGGACCAGACGACAGCAACGGGAACAAGAGGAGCGCGAGGAUGAAGCUAAUGAGGAAGAGGCUCGUCGAGAAAAGUUGAGAAAGGAGCGAACGCUACUCAUGGAAGCACAAGAGGUCCAUUCGCAAAAAGCAGCCGAAGACGCAAAAAAGACCGAAGAAGAAAAGACUCAGGAAGCAGAUGAAAAGAUUUUCAAUGCAAUUAAGAGCCAUAAAAUGCUUGCAUCUGAUAUGGAGCUGGCAAAGGGUAUCCAAUACACCGAGUCCCUCAAAACUAGCUGGCGACCUCCAAAAUAUAUUCGAGAUCGUCCAGAUGAAGAAAAUGAGCGUAUUCGUAACAAAUAUCAUAUCCUUGUCGAAGGCGAAGACAUACCACCUCCCAUAGAACAUUUUGCUGACAUGAAGCUUCCUGAUUCCAUUCUUCAAUACCUCAAGUCUCAUCGAAUAGUGUCUCCAACUCCGAUACAGCUACAAGGUAUACCGACCGCCUUCUCAGGUCGGGACCUCAUCGGAAUCGCAUUCACCGGUUCUGGAAAAACUCUAGCAUUUUGUAUACCUCUCAUCAUGCUCGCCCUUGAAGAGGAAAUGAAGAUGCCUUUCAUUCGAGGCGAGGGCCCCGUCGGUAUCAUCCUAUGUCCGUCGCGAGAGCUGGCAAACCAGACGUACGAGAACGUUGUCGGAUGGUGUUCUGCCGUCACGAAGGAAGGCAAAUAUCCUCAAUUGAACACAUUGUUGUGCAUCGGAGGCAUUUCGAUGAAUGAGCAAAGCCACGUUAUGUCCAAGGGUCUGCACAUCGUAGUUGCGACUCCUGGACGUCUCAUUGAUAUGCUGGAGAAAAAGCGGUUUACGUUCAACAAUUGCAGGUAUCUCUGUAUGGACGAGGCUGACCGAAUGAUCGAUCUGGGUUUCGAAGACGACGUGAGGAAUAUCAUGAGUUUCUUCAAGCGACAACGACAGACUCUGCUUUUUUCGGCCACUAUGCCGAAGAAGAUACAGGACUUCGCUCAACAGUCUCUCAUCCGUCCUAUCCUCGUUAAUGUUGGACGGGCGGGCGCUGCCAAUUUAGACGUUCUUCAGGUUGUCGAAUAUGUCAAGCAAGAGGCCAAGAUGGUAUAUCUCCUUGAGUGUCUACAGAAGACACCUCCCCCAGUCAUCAUCUUUAGUGAGAUUAAGAAUGAGGUCGAUGACAUUCAAGAAUAUCUUCUACUGAAAGGUGUCGAAGCUGUCGCGAUCCACGGCUCUAAAACCCAGGAAGAGCGUCAAUACGCAAUUAAAUCGUUCAAGUCGGGUGCGAAGGACGUCAUGGUAGCUUCGGGUGUAGCUUCCAAAGGACUUGACUUCAAUGAAAUCCAACAUGUCAUCAUCUUCUCCAUGCCCAAAGAGAUUGAAGACUACGUCCAUCAAAUCGGCCGAACGGGGCGAAGCGGCAAGACGGGAAUAGCCACGACAUUCGUCAACAUGAAUACGCCCGAGCAGACUUUAUUGGAUUUGAAGUAUUUAUUAAUGGAGGCGGGGCAAAAAGUUCCGCCGUUCUUGGCGACUAUCGAGGAUCCCAGGGCAGCUCAGGGUGGCUCGCUUAAGGGAUGCCCCGUUUGUGGAGGACUUGGACAUGGCAUUUCCAAUUGUCCCAAGCUUGAAGAUGCCCAACGGCGGCAAAUGGCGGCCCACAGGCCGGGAGACGAUGGAGGUGGCUAUUGA